CGUCCACAAGAGCGCUUGGAAAUUCGAAAAUGAAACGCAAGAGUUGCUUGGAAAAGCGGUGUGCUGUCAAGGUGGGCAUGCUGGGUGAUGAGGGGGACGUUGAUGCGACGCCAAAUAUAGGAGUGGCUAUCACUGGAGCGUAAAUCAGGCUGCUGUUGGAUGAGAGACAGAAGGCGCGGAAACGGAUUGAUUGGAUGAUGCAUCGAAUCGUCGACUGCUGAUCUCCCAUGCUCGUAACCAUGGCCGACCGUAUCCACUUCCCAGGCAGAUGCGCGCCCUAUAAACUCAAGAAUGGCUCGUUCGUCCCGUUCUCACCCUAGCGUCCCCUCUUCGUUCUUUCCUUCACCCUUCACCCUUUUCGCCUUCGCUUUUUGGCUUUGAAAGUCGAGCCUGGUACUCGACCUGCCACCCAUUCAUUCUUUCGGGAUCAUACUUGUUCUUUGACAGACAGGCCGACUCACUGACCCGCACUUCCAUUAAGCCCUCUGCGAGGAAUCAGUUCAACAACAAGUACUUCUUCGUCCUCAGACAACCACACCUCGACGGUUUAUUUCGUUCUUCUUCACGCCCACCCACGGACUUUUUUCGUUUUCGAGAUUUCUCUUUGAAUUGAAAUAAAACAAACAUGGUUAACUUUGCCAAAUUGUCUAUUGGUUCUGCAGUCCUUGCUGCUCAGCUUGCGCUCGGUGCACCUGGAGCGAAGCGGGAUAGCGCUGUUGGUGGUGAGGUCGCGGUCUCCGCGCCCGACGGUAUCCCUAUUACCGACACCAAGGAACUUGCCUCGCAAAGUCUUGCAGAGGCAUCAUCCUCUACGGCCUACAACAACAAUGGUGGCUACACUACGACGGCCGCAAUGAUGGACACGACCAGUGUUGCGUACCAGCAGAGCUCCUCGGACAACAUGUACACGAACGCAUACCAGACCACCACUAUGAACACGUGGGAUUCGAUGAGCACAAGCGUUGCCUAUGACACCUCUUCAGCCGAAUACACCUCAAGCUCCAGCGUUAUGUAUGACACUACAUCUACGUCGUCGGCUGCGUACACCAUGGCGACGUACGGCUCUGGCAGCUCAAACUGGGGCAACAGCGGAUACAAUGACUGUGUGCAACAAUGCAUUGCCUCCUUCGGUGCACCAAUGGCAACCUACACCCCACCGAGCUCGACUGACAACAGCGGCUCGUCCGGAUCUGGUGCGACCCACACUGUCAUCGUUGCCCCGUCGCAGGGUGUCCUUCGCUAUGUUCCAUUCGCGGUUAACGCCUCUGUUGGUGACACUAUCAAGUUCAUGUGGAACGCGAACAUGCACACUGUGACCAAGUCGUCGCAGCUUGAGCUUUGCAACAAGACGUCAGACGCUCCGUUCACUUCUGGUGUCCAGAACAAGAGCUUCGUCUUCACCCAGCAGGUCAACUCUACUGACCCGGUGUUCUUCUACUGCGGUGUCCCGACCCAUUGUCAGAAGGGUAUGUUCGGUAUCGUCAACCCGCCGAACGCGGAUGUUUCCUCUUCCAUGAGCGUCAACUCCAUGAUGCCAAUGCUCAUUAACAACAGCUCGGAAGUCUCCAUGUGGAACACGUACACCCAGAACAUGACCCAAGGAAACCCGACUGCUGCGAACUGGGGUGGAAGCAUCGACAUGUCCAACAUGCCAGACUGGGCGCCGAACGUCAUGGCGGAGAACGUUAUGUACACUCGUAGCUUCCUUGCUGCGAACCCGGAUGUCAUCAAGUCGGACGGCUCUGUCGACCUCGGUGCUAGCAGCUCGCCGUUCAUGAUCCCGAACGACCUUAACGCUGUGAUGGCUUCGUCUUCGUCAGCGUCUGGUGCUGCUGCUGGACCGACGUCCCCCGCUGGUAACGCUGGUUCUGGUGCAGGCUCAUCUGCUGCACCUUCGUCCAGCCCAGCUGCGAGCGGUGCACGUGGACUUGCUUCGUCGACAGCACUCGCUGUUGCCGUUGCAUUCGGUGCUGCCUUCUUCGCGCUCUGAACAUUUUGACAUGCGAUGAAUGGUGUUGUUCAUUGUACAUAGGGCUGUAGUUUCACGGACUGGCUUCAUCUUCCUUUAUCUUUUAGAUGAAUGGACACUUCAAAGUUUACUUCGUUUUUUUAAUCUUUUGUUCGAUUCGUUAGGAAUCUCUUCACUUCAAAUGACGUGGGGUUGGGUUUGACCGCCUACUUAUAAUAAGAAGCUCGACGACAUAUACCUACCUUUUUUUCUCUCCUACCAAAGAAGUCGUGUGUAGUAGUUGUUUUGUUUUGAACUUUUUGGACAGUUUUCUUUCGUACUUACGUUUUGACUUAUUCCUUCGACGUAGUGAUGUGUGUUGUUGAUUGUGUUGUUCGGUAGUGAUCACCCCCAACUAUCUUUUUUGACGCG